AUGGCCAACUUCAACGCACGCCGUGCACCCAACUUCUCUCAAUAUCUCGAUGACCUAAACGCCAUCCCAUCACCGUACGACCAGGCGGUGCAGCAACGCCAACAGGAGAAUUCGUUCAACUUGGACGAGGAAUUGGCCCUCUUUACCAACACCGAGUUCUUCGACUUCGACAACUUCACCGACCUCAGCCUGCCCACUUUCGAUGCUGGCGAGCCAAAGUCUUCCCCGAUCGAGUCCAACUUGGACAACCAACCCGCACAGAAUGGUGACAUGAAGUUUCUGGAUUUUCUGCAAGAUGGCUUCAACAAUGUGCCUCAUUACCAGCAAGACCUUGGUCUCGAGGCUCAAGUGCCUGUGCACCCUGCCCCCUACACGGCAGUCCCUCAACUGCCCACAGCACCUGCGCCGACCCACUCGGCCCCCGCUCAACACCUUCCUGUGUUGGCACCUCCUCAGGCCGCUGCUCCGACACCAUCUCAAACGGCCAUGUCGCCUUCCCCCUCUGGUGCCUCUGUGAAGCGCAAGAGCUCCACCAAGGCUACCCCUGCGAAUAGUGAGGAAGCUGCUCGGAUCAUGGCCGAGGAGGACAAGCGUCGUCGCAACACUGCUGCCAGUGCGCGCUUCCGUGUGAAGAAGAAGAUGCGCGAGCAGGCCUUGGAGCGCAGCUUGAAAGAGACCAACGACAAGAACGAUGCUCUCGAGGCUCGUGUCUCCCAACUUGAGCUGGAGAACCACUGGCUCCGGGGUUUGAUCAUGGAGAAGAAUGGCACUGAGGAGCGUAAUGAGGCAUCCGAAAAGGCCAUAUCCGACAUGUUCAAGAAGUUCCUGGCUUCGCGGAAGACUGAUGCAAGCCUUCCCCAACCGAAGCACAAUAUGGCCAGCACUGUAUAG